AGGGAAGACUAACACACAUGGCGAACUACAUGGGCUUAACACCCAUUAGGCUAAGUGAACAUAAUCACCACAAUAAACACCCUAUACACAUACGUGACGCAUGCAUGCAGCAGUAUGCUCAACAGCCUCCCCCAAAUUGAUGUCGGUCACGAAGCAUCAAUUUGCCAGAAAGGUACAAAUGACGACUAGUAGUAAAAGACUUGGUUAAGAUGUCAGCAAUCUAGUCCUCAAAAGGAAGAUACUACAAGCCAAUCACCCCAUUAUGAACAAGUUCACGAAUGUAGUGGAUGUGGACUUCAAUGUGUUUGGUGCGGUCAUGGAGAACAGGAAUUGUGGCGAUCUGGAUGGCACUGGUGUUGUUAACCUGGAGCACCAUAGGAGAAGGACAGGAGACGCCAUGCUCAAGGAGAAGGCGCUAGAGCCACUCGAGUUCAGAACCAACAUAGGACAUAGCAUGGUAUUCUGCCUCGGUGGAGGACUUGGACACCUUAUCUUGCUUCUUACACCGCCAUGAUAUGAAAGCAUCACCCAACUGGACACAUCAUCUAGUCAUGGAGCGUCGAGUAUCAGAACAACCUGCAUUGUCAUAAUCAGAAUAAGCUCGUAAACGCAAAUCACUAGAGGAAGGAAGAAAUAACCCGACGUCUCGAGUGCCCUAUAGAUAUCGCAAAAUGCUAUGGACUGCAUCCAAAUGAUCCACUCGGGGAGCCGACAUGUAUUGACUAACGACUUGGACCGCAUACGCAAUAUCAUGACGCGUAGCCACCAAAUAAAUUAUACUCCCAACAACUCUCCAGUAAGAAGCAGCGUCGUCGAGCAAAUCACCUGAGUCCCUGUGUAGCUUCAAAUUGAGUUCAGCAGGCAUUUUCACCGGUUUACAGUCACCAAAUUGAUGUUCUUCAAGAAUUUCAUGAAUAUAUUUCUGUUGGCACAUGAGAAUCCCAUGAGAAGAAUGAAAAUUUCAAGGCCAA